AUGAAGGCGUUCGUGAUUUUCGCUCUGAGUUUCGCGGUAGCCCACGGCGGCAUAUUCGGUGGAGGGGGCGGCGGAGGUGGACACGGCGGAGAUUUCGGCGGUGGCGGUGACUUCGAUGGCUCCGGUGUGAUCGAGCCCAGGAGUGCAAACGCGGGUCAAGACGAGGACAACGCGGCCCUUUCCGCGGUCGGACUUUCACGUCUCCUCGGAGGGGGAGGCCUGAGCGGACACGGUAAUCUCGGCGGCGGUGGAGGAGCCUCGUACACGAUAUCGGGACCGACUCAAGUCAUUAAAUCCGUCCAUAAAAUCACGACAACCAACGCCGGAGGCCAAGUGCUCUCCCGAUCCGGCGGCAGUGGUGGGAAAGGAGGCGGUGAAGCGAAGAUAAUCAUCAUUAAGGGGGCUGGAGGAGGUAGUGGCGGAGGUCACGGUGGAGGAGGCGGCGGCGGUCAUGGAGCAGGAUGGCAGCAAGGUGGAGGUGGCGGAGGCAGCGGUGGCGGUUGGUGA